AAGAAAGAGAAGAGAAGAGAGAGAGAUAAAGGGGUGAUGUGAAUGUUCUAUCUCUGAGAGUCCUGCCACGAAAGUCAAGAGAUGCAAUGACCAGAUGACCAUCCACUCCACACGCCAGCAUCCUGUCCUGGAGCUUUGACAGGAAAGGGGAUAAGAAAAGAAAAGAAAAAGAAAACGAAUCCACACACUCUCAUAGGUAAACACUCUUCAAGCACAUCACCGGAUCAUGUCGUCUACGGGGUCAACCAACCACAACAAGCGUCUGGCAUCUGAAACAGACAACUCUCAAAAGGUGCGAGACAAAGAGUCGGCUCAGCACCUGAAGCUGAAGGACAGACAGCGGUUUUUCGAAGAGGUCUACCAGCAUGACUUGGACAAUUACUUACCUUCCGCCCACUUGCAGAUCGACUGCAGGAAACCCCCCAUGGGUAGUAUCUCAUCUAUGGAGGUGAACGUGGACGUUCUGGAGCAGAUGGACUUGAUGGACGUAUCGGAUCAGGAAGCGCUUGACGUGUUUCUCAACUCGGGUUCGGGAGCAGACGAGGGAGCGCUGACGUCUCCUCUGCCAGAGGGUGAGGACGAGGACGAAGAUGAGGAGGAUGAAGAUGCAGAGGUUGUGUACAGGGAGCGUGCACCUUUGAAACGGCAAAAUGAAGUUUACCGAGGCUCACAGUCCCGCAACUCGUCUACGUCGUCUGGUUCCAGUGACACCAGCGCGGGCGGAGCCGACACACCCGUGAUCCAGUCGGAUGACGAGGAGGUUCACGCUGACACUCUGCUGCUGACCUCUGUUCCCCAAACUAGGGAUGAAGAAACAGAAGAGGAAGAUGAGGAGGAGAGAUGCCUUCCAACCAAUCAUAACAAAGACUGACUUUUAUUGCCUAUAGAGCCUGGAACCUCUCUCUCUCUCUCUGUCUAUCUGUCUGUCUUCACAUUCCUUUCAUGCCUCUUUAAAUGGGCUGAAACCCCAGCAUGGUUCACCUGGCUGUGAUAUGCUGUGUCUUUUCAGUGUGUUCAUGGAUAUUUUCUUUACAGUCAACCGUGCAACAGUUUUUAUUUUUCCCACGGUGUUUCUGAAAUUGUUUGUUGAGAUUCUCUACAGAGGUCUCAUGAGACAUAAAUGCAAAUUAUGCAAGUCAUUCCUCUCUCGUGCGCUAACAUGUUCUAACUGACAUGGUACAGUUAUCACCUCAAGAGUUACUCUUUUUACUGCCGGACAGAAACCUCCCUCCUGUCCAGUUUUUGUCUUGAAAGCAAAGGUUCGUUCUUCACAGCCACGGAAAGAACAAAAAAUGGAAGGAAGUCGUUUUCACUGUACAAAGUGAACAAAUUCAAAGCAACUGUAAAGAACUGAAGAUUUCUUACUUUGACUACACUAUACCUCAGUUCUUGAGUAUCUUGGAUUUUCCUCAUCAUCUUUACUGGCCUUUAUAUUACAGUUCACAGCAUAAAAGAGAUACCAGGCCUCCUCAUGAAACCUCCUCAAGGGUGUGGGUCACGUCAAACUGUAGUCUAUUGUUCUGGGAUUUCUUUUGUCUGCAGUUUUUAAAUGCCUUUGUGGCGUACAUUUAAAACACUAAAGCUUCAAACGGACAGCUUUUAGCUUCGAGGCUAAUCUGACAGUUUCAAAAUGCAACGAUGGCACACCUUUUCCUUUCAAAAGAUCAUUAUGUUGCAUAAAUGAGUCCUGGAGAGCAAAUCCCCCCCCAACCCCAAAACCUUUCUUUCAUUUCUUUUUUUUUAUAAAACUAUCGCUGUGUGCAUGCAGAAACUGUUUACAGCAUCAUGAAUUGGAACUGUAUUUGUAAAUGCAUGCCAUUUUGUUCUUGUCAGUGACUAUGUAAUGUUAUUGCAACCAGUGCCGCGAUGCAAACCUGUAACUAAUAUGAACAUGCUCUUCCAUGUGAGUCUAAACUCGAGCGCUGGAUGUUUUCUGGUCACGUGUAGAACGAGACAACUCAGCUGACAGGUUUGUAUCUUUAUGUAACAUGUGCUUUCCGUUUGUGGUGUUGUGCGUGAGGGUGUGGAUGCUCAACACCACAGGUAUUCCCGCAGUCGGUCCAACGUUUUUACUUGGUUAAUCAUGAUGUGUAAUUCUUAGAUCUUCCUAUGAAGACAAAAUAAAUCAAUCAAUAAAGCAGAGGGAUAAGCUGCCGAA